UCUCAAGUGUUGAGAAGUGAGCUCAGGCGACUCAACUCAGAACAAUAUGCCUUCCGACGAUCACAAACCCUCACAAUCAGAAUCAUCAGACCCUCCUUCAUCUUCCUCCUGGAAGCACCGCAUCGGCUUCCCCACACUAGUCGCCGGAUUCGCCGGCGCCGGAGCCGGGUUGGCCUCCAAGCACCGGAAAGUCGUCGGCCUCCCAGCCAGUGCCUCCACUUACGCCGCUAAUUUCGCCAUCGUCACUGCUUGUUACUGCGGGGCGCGUGAGUAUGUAGGGAUAACGAGAAAGACGGGACCUGAUGAUCUGCUCAACUCUGCCAUUGCCGGAUUUGGCACUGGUGCUAUUCUUGGGCGGCUUUACGGCGGUCCAGUUGCUGCUGUGCGCUACUCAGUACUCUUUACCAUUGCUGGGACAUUAGUGGAUUAUGCUACGAUUAAACUACGACCUGUCUUGAAGAGCUACAAAGAAUCUAUGCUUGGGAGUAAUGACGGUUCCAAAAAGAAUGAUGGUUGGCUGAAACUGCCCGACUGGUCCCCUAUCAAAGUACUUGAUGAAGAAGCCCUUGCUGCAAAGCAGGCUCGAGAGAAGCAGUAAUAUGCACAAAGGGGACUUGGGAACUUCACCAAAGAGUCUUAGGAAGUGUUAUAAGCUAAGUAGCACAGACACAGACACAAGUGUCCGUAUUGGACACGAUUCGAUACGUAGACACGGCAUA